AUGUCGCUCUCGUGCAGGUACGCAGCCCAAUGCUGCGCCCGCCAGCUCCGCGCGAGCAGCGCCGCUCCGAUCCGCGCCUCGAGCUCCCUCCUCCAGCAGCGCAUGACGCGGAGGUACAACUCGACCGAGGCCGCCUCCUCCUCCUCCUCCUCCACCACCAACCCCAAGAUCUCGGCCAUCGUCGAUCAGAUUAGCCAAUUGACCCUCCUGGAGACGGCAGACCUCGUCGCGAGCCUGAAGUCCCGCCUCAACAUCCCCGAUCUCCCCGUCGGCGGCUUCGCUGCUGCACCGGCUGCCGCCCCCGCCGCCGCUGCUCCGGCCGAGGAAGAGGAGGCUGCUCCCGCGGCGGCCGAGAAGACGCUCUUCACCCUGAAGCUGCAGUCGUUCGAUGCCGCGGCCAAGCCCAAGAUCAUCAAGGAGAUCAAGAACCUGCUGGGUCUCAGCUUAGUAGACUCCAAGAAGUUUGUCGAGAGUGCGCCCAAGCAGAUGAAGGAGUCCGUACCGAAGGACGAGGCCGAGAAGAUCGUGGCGACGAUGAAGGAGCUGGGUGCCGUGGUGGUGAUGGAGUAA